UGUCCCACCCACAUCCCCAAGACUUGCACACAAACGUACUUGUGUCUGCAUCUUGGACACUUUUUAUACUUCUCCACUGCAGUCUUCACAUGACGUCUGUGUCAUGCCCUCUAGAGAAAGAUAUGCAAAACCACUUUAACCAGUUUCCCUGCUUCCUCACCUAAUUCUUGGGCCUCUGCUGACAAAAAUCCCCCCAGGUCUAAUUUUCAUUUUCUUCUGGAAGAGGCAGCAAGGAGGCUUGAAUCACUUUCACAUUCCUACCCCUCUCCCCACCCCAAACCCCUUUGAGAAGACAAAAGAACUGAGCUUUUAAGGGAAGUCAUCACUGAGACACUCCAGAGAGGUAGCCCAAAUGAUUCCAGCUUCAUAAUCAAUAGAACUGCUCCCCUCAAACGGUCUCCAGUACUCAUGAACAGGAGGAGAACAGGGUCUCGGAUUGGGGUAAAGAAGGGAGUCGAUGUUUUUCUCUCCGUCCCCAUUUCUUCCCCACCCGUCCGUCUCAGACUCCACCGUUUCCUCUCCACUUUUCCAGAAUUGUGUGUAUUCUCCUUUAAGGGGCUGGGCAUCUCUCCCGCCCUCUCCAGAGUCGACUGAAGUUUCCGAGGAGACUUCUCAGGCUGGGCUGGACACACCUUUCCAAGGACCCCCAAACACUGCUCUGUGCACGUCAAAUGCUCCUUUCCCUUGUGUCCAACCCCCUACCCCUCUCCCUAACUCCCCUCUUCUCAACAAGACUCAGCCUCUCCCCGAGGUGGGUGAGCAUCCUUGAGGUUUCCCACCCUUAACUGCUGUGUCCCCGGAUGGAGCCAGAGAAAUGUGGUGGGGGGGCCGGGGCCAGAGUUUCAACAUUGUCCCCCAGAAGGAGGAGCCAGAGAUGGGGUCUGUCCAGGAAAACAGGAUGCCGGAGCCCAGGAGUCAUCAGCCUAGCAGUUGCCUGGCCUCCAGAUGCCUCCCAGGGGAGCAGAUCCUAGCAUGGGCCCCAGGGGUGAGGAAGGGCCUGGAACCGGAAUUGUCUGGAACCCUGAUCUGUACCAACUUUAGGGUCACCUUCCAGCCCUGUGGAUGGCAGUGGAAUCAGGAUACUCCCUUGAGCAGUGAAUACGAUUUUGCCCUGGUCAACAUUGGGCGAUUAGAGGCUGUGAGCAGCUUGUCCCGAGUCCAGCUCCUCCGUCCAGGGUCCCUGCUUAAAUUUAUCCCUGAGGAGAUUUUGAUUCAUGGCCGAGACUUCCGGCUGCUCAGAGUUGGUUUUGAGGCUGGAGGCUUAGAGCCUCAGGCUUUUCAGGUGACGAUGGCCAUUGUCCAAGCCAGAGCUCAGAGCAAUCAAGCCCAACAAUAUUCGGGGAUAACCCUGAACAAGGCUGGCCAGGGUUCUGGCUCCAGAAAACCACCAAUUCCUCUCAUGGAGACAGGGGAAGACUGGGAGACUGAGCGGAAGAAGCAGGCAGCCAGAGGCUGGAGGGUCAGCACGGUCAACGAGAGGUUCGACGUAGCCACCAGCCUCCCCCGUUACUUCUGGGUCCCUAACCGACUUCUGGACAGUGAGGUCAGGAGAGCAUUUGGCCACUUUCAUCAGGGCCGUGGACCGCGCUUGUCCUGGCAUCACCCUGGGGGCAGUGAUCUUCUCCGCUGUGGAGGCUUCUAUACAGCCAGUGACCCUAACAAGGAGGAUAUCAGAGCAGUGGAGUUGAUGCUCCAGGCUGGGCAUUCAGAUGUUGUCCUGGUAGACACUAUGGAUGAGCUGCCCAGCCUUGCAGAUAUCCAACUUGCCCACCUGAGGCUGAGGGCCCUCUGCCUGCCUGAUUCAUCUGUAGCUGAGGAUAAAUGGCUUUCAGCCCUGGAAGGCACACGAUGGCUGGACCAUGUCAGGGCUUGUCUUCGAAAGGCCAGUGACAUUUCAGUAUUAGUGACAUCCAGGGUUCGUUCUGUAAUACUUCAAGAGCGCGGUGAUCGUGAUCUCAAUGGCCUCCUCUCUUCACUCGUCCAGCUGCUUUCAGCCCCUGAAGCCCGAACACUGUUUGGCUUCCAAUCACUAGUGCAGCGAGAGUGGGUGGCAGCUGGACAUCCCUUCCUGACUCGGCUUGGGGGAACUGGGGCCAGUGAAGAGGCUCCGGUGUUUCUCCUCUUCCUUGAUUGUGUCUGGCAGCUCCUCCAGCAGUUUCCAGCUGAUUUUCAAUUCUCUGAGUUUUUCCUUCUUGCUCUUCAUGACAGUGUCAGGGUUCCUGACACCCUGACCUUCCUGAGAAAUACGCCCUGGGAGCGCGGAAAGCAGAGCGGACAGUUAAACUCCUAUACACAAGUCUACACCCCAGGAUACUCCCAGCCCCCAGCUGGGAACUCUUUUAACCUGCAGCUGUCUGUCUGGGACUGGGAUUUACGCUAUAGCAAUGCACAGAUACUACAAUUCCAGAAUCCUGGCUAUGACCCAGAACACUGUUCAGAUUCCUGGCUCCCUAGACCUCAGCCAAGCUUCAUGGUUCCUGGACCCCCCAGUUCUGUGUGGCUCUUCUCUAGAGGAGCAUUGACCCCCCUGAAUCAGCUCUGUCCUUGGCGGGACAGUCCCUCCCUGCUGGCAGUCUCUUCUCGUUGGCUCCCUCGACCUGCUAUCUCCUCUGAAAGCCUGGCUGACCAGGAAUGGGGUCUCCCCUCACAUUGGGGAGCUUGCCCUUUACCUCCAGGGCUGCUGCUGCCUGGGUAUCUGGGACCCCAGAUCAGGCUCUGGAGACGCUGCUACCUGAGGGGAAGGCCUGAGGUCCAGAUGGGCCUCUCAGCUCCCACAAUCUCUGGCCUCCAGGAUGAGCUAUCCCAUCUUCAGGAGUUAUUACGGAAAUGGACACCAAGAAUAUCUCCUGAGGAUCACUCCAAGAAAAGAGAUCCACAUACCAUUCUCAAUCCCACUGAAAUUGCUGGCAUUCUCAAAGGCAGGGCAGAGGGGGAUCUGGGGUAGAGGAGGGUUCUGUCUAAUCUUUUUUUUUUUUUUUUGUUUCUGGACUUGCAGCCUCAGCUUUCACACUUUAGCCCUUAAGUUCACUAAGAAGGUCUGAGUUUCUGCUGCAAAUGGUAAACUGCUCCAACUCUUGUCUUGCUUAGUUCCUACAAAUAUUUUUGUUUCUUGUCAUUUGAAGGAUUAAGAAACAAAAACAAUCCAGAAAUUGAUCGUUUUUUUAAGCCAAUUCCAUCCCUUCUGGAUAACCAGAUGUUAAAUCAUGAGAUCAGAGAUGCUGUUCAUCAGUCCCAACAAGAUGGCCUAGAAAUCGCAUUCUCACCUCGCCUUGCUGCUGCUUUAAUUCCAAGUUCUAUUUCUUCCCUUAUAGUUUUCUAUGGGAAUGAGGCGGAUACAGGAAACACCCUGUCUCCUCUGUAUUUUUGUAGUGGAAUUUCUAUUUAAGGGGCUCAUUAAAGCAUAGUAUUUAUACACA